AAAAUAUUCUGACAGCUUACUGAUUUCGCUAGAUUACUGAAACAGUUUUGACGAAUAUUGUUUCAAAUUAAUAAAUAAUUAUUUACUAUACUUUGUAAAUAACAUUCAAUUUGACGAAUAAACAAACAAAAAAAUCAACAGAAGAUUAUGAGCAAACCAAAGAGAAUGAUUUGCCUUCCUGUAGAUGGUAGUGACCAUUCACGUCGAGCAGUAGAGUGGUAUAUUAAAGAAGUUUAUCGACCUGGUGAUCAAGUUAUUUUUGUGCAUGCAAUAGAAAUGCCUAAUUUACCUGUAGUUAAACUUUCUUCUGGUUUGAAUGUACCUGUUGAUAAUUGGACAAAAUCAAUUCAAGAAAAGUAA